GUUUCUGGUGCUGCUUCCAGUUCGUUCGCAUCGCUGUGCCGGGAACUUUACCUCGUAAAACCUCUACAAAGGUUCAACGAAGCGAGGAUAUCUGGCGGCCGCAAUGGCAGACAACUCAGAUGACCGAGAGCAGAGCAGCAACCGGGAGUCAGCAUCGAGUUCUUGGCGAAUGAACGUGCUGGACCGCGAUGUGCCCGGCGAAACAUCUCGGAACAAUGGUGAUUCUCCAGACGAUCCAGAUAACAGCGAUGAAGAGAUUCCGGCGGGGAUGCAGUGCGCCGUGUGCUUGCGAAAGUACAAUACACUUGGUCGGCGGCCUAAGAUUCUAACCCACUGUGGUCACACCUUCUGUAGGCAAUGUUUGGAGACCGAAAACAGCCUAGGCUCAUUUAAAUGCCCAACCUGCCGUCAGCGCAACGACCUGUUCCGGCUUCUGCCAACCAACUAUGCGGUCAUGAGUCUCUUGGAGAUGAACUUGGCCAAGGGAGCGAAGGAGCAGAAAGAGAAAAAGGAAACGGAGAAGAGCAACGAGAGUUCGGAUCUCCCUUCGCGCUACGUCCCGCUGUCCGAGAGGAACAGGACGGAAGCGGAGGACGCACAAGCAGACAGAAGCAAACGAACUGAACCGUAUACGCAGAGACAGGAAUACCGUCGAUAUGGAAGCUAUGACUUGGAUUUACACUCGGAUACGGACCGUUCCCUCCGCGGCUCCACACGCGGGUACCAACUGGCGGCCACAGGGCUUUCGAAGCAGCGAAAGGAGGACCUAGACUUCUCCGGACGACGGUGGGCAGAUCGACACAGUAGCGAGUAUCGCCGUUACGGAAGAUACGGAGACUUGGAGCCGCGUCAGGAGAGCUAUACAGGAGUUCGACCUCGCCGAUACGAAUGGGGCAGUUGGCGUAACCUUGAGCAUCGACGGUAUGGAGAAUACAAAGACGAGCUGAGCAGAGAUUCAGAUGAAGACAUUGCCCCUUACACUGCGGGAAGGAGCAACAGGUUUCAAUUCACCGCCACUGAGAGGGCGAAGCUGCGUCGAGAGGGCAAGGAAGGAGCUCGUUCACUCAAAAGCUGGAGGGCAGGUAUCUUAAGCUCUGAGGACUCUUCUGACGACGAACUCUUGGGCGCCUGUGGUGGGACUACUAGACUUAACCGGCGGAAAGUUUUUUCCAGCGACGAUGACUUGGACCUCUCAGAGGAUUAUUCUUUUUCCAAAGGGAAGAGGCGCGACGAAGCGGAAAAAGAGAGGGGGUUGAGGAAAAAGUCUCAGUACAAAGGAACGAAGUUGGACGACUGGGGCAAGGAGUACAGGAGGGGCGAGGCUGAGGCAGGCAGGACAGGAAGAAACAGAGGAAAUGAAGACAAGGAGCUAGACGAGGACCUGCUCUUGUACGCCAUCCAGCUCUCCCAGAAAGAGGCAGAGCAAGAGGACUUCCGGAGCCUGGUCUCCGAGGUUUCGAAGGUAACGCCGCCGCGAGGAGUGAGGGAGAGGCAGAGAGAGAAGAGGGAAGAGGAAAGGGCGGAGGAGAGGAGGAAAGAGAGGCAGAGAGAGGAAGAGAGGAGGAAAAGAGAAAGAAAGGAGGAAAGGAAGAAGGAAGGAGUGGAGGAAAGGGGAAACAAUGAAGGAAAUGAGUCUGGAGAAGUCUGGAGAGGGAGUGAGGAGGAAGGGGGAAAGAGAAGAGAAAAAAAAGAAGGAGACGGGAGGAAAGGAAAGGAAGAGGGAGAAUGAAAGAAAUAAAGAAACAAGAAAAUUCAAAGGAA